CAUAAUUAAAAAAUACUUAUUAAUGUGAAAACUGAUAAAAAACUAUGAUCUUCACUACUGCCUAUCGACCCGUAUACGAGCCUUUCUUUUGAAGGUGCAUUAAAUAUUCAUAAGUAGGUAUAUGAAGUUCGUUUCCGUGAGAUAAGUUUCAGUUGCGAAAAUGUAUAUUUAAAAGGAUUUAAAAACGAGUCAACCACUUCGAGUUAAAAAAUUAAAAUGCAUCUUACAGUAGUUGUUGUUGUGGUCAGUGUUGUUUUGGCUUUUGGCUUCGAAAGCAAUGAUAUCUUUCCAACAAAGUCAACAUCCAAAAUACCAGUAUACUGGAACAUACCAACCUUUCAAUGUGAUACUUGGAAGCUAAACUUUUCAUCACUAGUUGAAAAAUUCAACAUAAAGCAGAAUGAUAACGACAGAUUUCGAGGGAAGAACAUCGCAAUUCUUUAUGACCCUGGAAGCUUUCCUGCCAUACUAACUCAGGGUACCAAAGUGAUACUGAGAAACGGUGGCGUUCCUCAAGAAGGAAACCUAAGCAUGCAUCUAAAAAUGAUUGAGGACGACAUCAACGAACUUAUUCCAGAUGAAAAAUUUCAAGGUGUGGGAGUGCUGGAUUUUGAAAGUUGGAGGCCAAUAUUCCGGCAAAAUUUCGGUAGCUUGGAACCAUACAAAAACCUGUCGUUCUCCAUAGAACGCAAAAAACACCCUUUCUGGCCGCAAUCGUGGAUCGACACUGAAUCCAAAAAGAGGUUCGAAUAUUCGGGAAGGCGAUUCAUGGAGGAUACUUUGGCCCUGGUGAAAAAACUAAGACCUAAAGCAAGCUGGGGCUACUACGCCUACCCUUACUGCUUCAACAUGAACUCAAAUAAGCAACCAGAAUGCCCUGCCAAUGUUGUACUGGAGAAUAAUAACAUCAAGUGGUUGUUUGAAUCCCAGGAUAAUUUUUAUCCGUCAAUUUAUAUGGGGGAUUUACAUAUGUCUGCAAAAGACAAGGUCCAAAUGAUCACAGGCAGAAUGGUAGAAGCCAACAGAGUAAGAAAUAUGGUGAAGAAUAGAAAACAUCCUAAAAUUUUACCAUAUUAUUGGUACAAAUAUCAUGAUACAAAUGGCUUUUUAUCGAAGGACGAUGUUUUCAAUACCUUGGCAGUAUUAGGAUCAUCCAAUAUAGAUGGUCUGAUUCUAUGGGGUAGCAGUAAUGACGUGAACACAAAGAAGAAAUGCUACGCCCUCUAUGAUUACAUCCAAGAUACUCUAGGACCUAGUUUAAUAAACAAUCUUAUGUGAUGAUGUUUUUU